CAUACGCCUUGCUUCCUUGAUUGCAUUUGCAUGUCCCCCUCUCUCCUUCUAUUUCCUCUCUCUCUCUCAUUCCCACCAAGAUUUUGCGAUAGGAUAAGAAUCCAGGAUUUCCCUUCUCUCUUUUGCAACUACUUCCCCCUCUUACCUCUUACUCCCUUUAUAAUCUCUACUCUCUGUCUCUCUUCAUAAUCUCUCUUCAUAAUCUCUCAUGGCUGUUGAAGCUCGACAUCUCAAUCUCUUCCAUCCUCAACUAAUAGGAGGAAACAGAGAAUUGGUGAAUCUGAUUGAAGGAGAUGCAAAUAUGUAUAAUAGUACUGGAAUGGGCUAUGGUGGUGUGCCAUUAGUAUCUGGAACAACCAGUACAGCAGAGACUCUUCUUCCGGCUUACAAUUCCGUCAUCGUGGAUUCCUCUGUUUCUCCUAAAACUGCAGCGGUCUCUGCAGCAAUGAAAUCCGAUAGCGGUUUAACCUAUAACUACACCCUCCCUCUCCCAAGAAAGCGCGCAAGAGAAUGUAUGAAUAUCAACCCAUUCGCCUCCUAUCCCUCUGCCCCAACUUCCAAGUCUUGCGGAUCUUUCUCCUUUCUUGGAGAAGAUAUCUCCCUCCAGAUCCACCAACAACAACUCGACAUCGACCGUUUGAUUUCUCAACACUUGGAGAAGGUGAGAUCGGAAGUCGAAGAGAGACGGAAGAGGCAAGCGAGGAGGAUAAUCGAAGCAAUAGAAGUGGGUGUGAUGAAGAAAUUAAAAUCAAAAGAGGAAGAGAUCGAAAAGAUGGGGAAAUUAAACUGGGCAUUAGAGGAAAGAGUGAAGUCAUUAUGUAUAGAGAAUCAACUAUGGCGUGAUAUGGCACAAACGAACGAGGCAGCUGUGAAUGCAUUAAGAAACAACUUAGAACAAGUGUUAUGCCAAGUGAACGAAGAUCGAACCCACGUGGGUGGCGGGGGAAUCGAGGAUCCAACGACGGCAUUGGUGGACGAUGCACAAUCAAGCUGCGGAAGCAACGAAGGAGAAGGAGAAGAAAGAGGAGGGUGGCGCGUGGUGAAAGCAAAAACAGUGAAAAGGAAUAGCAACAAUGGCGGUGGUGGUGAAGAUACGGGGAGCAGGAAGAGCAGAAUGUGCAGAAACUGCGGGAAAGAGGAAUCAAGUGUGCUGCUAUUGCCGUGCAGGCAUCUGUGUCUAUGUACUGUUUGUGGGUCAUCAGUGCACACAUGCCCCAUUUGUAAAUCAACCAAAAACGCUAGUGUACAUGUAAACAUGUCCUAGAACAAGAACAACACCCUAAAACACAAACAAGCAAUUUUACUAACUAAGACACUAGACAGACUUUUUUCUUACUUA